ACUCGGCGGCGGCGGCGGCGGCUGUCUUUUCGACCAGACCCAGUCGUAAUGGCGAUCCCGUUGCAGGUGGAGGGUUUGUGAACGAACGCGGAAUUAUUGGAGUUUAUUCGGAGGACUUUUUUCUGCUGCCUACAUUUUCCAUUUGAGUUUCCCCUCCAUCAUCGUUGGUGCGUCGUGUGCGUAAUUUUUUUUUGUUCGAAAAAUAGAAUUUUCUUUCGUUCGAGGAGAACCGUCGUGGCUAGUUAUUGGGAAAAUUUAAAAGGAAGUUUUCCUUCCGCCUGCAGCGCCCAGUGCGUCGUGUUUCUUUUGCGUUUUUUGCCCAGCGUGAGUGACAAAGUUUAAAUUUUCAUUGCGUGUGGUAGGGCGGCCGAGCAUCGCCAAAGACGCGAGUGUGUUGGUGUGUGAAGAGUCAGAAAAAAAUCUCAGAAGAAAAUAAAAAUAAGCCUCAUCAGUAAAAGCAAUUCACCGCAACAGCAAACAACAACGGCACUAAACGCUGAAAGUGAUCCAAAAAAAAAAAAAGACUGACCCCCAAAAAGUAAAGUAAAAUAAAGUGAAUCAUGUUGCCCACGUACCAGCGAAUAGGCGGCACCAGCCAACCGCCGAAUCCGCUGCUUGCCGUGCGCCGUUCGUUCCGCUCCAGCGAGAAGUGCCUCAUCCUGCUGGUGCUGCUCACGUUCGGUUUCGUUUGUUUCGGCGGUUUCUUCUUUCUGCCGGACAACUUCGGUGCCGACCGGGUACUGAAAGUGUACAAACAGUUCCAGAAGGCGGGGCCGGAAAUUUUCAUUCCUCCGCCACCGCCGGCCCACGGCCUGCUGGAGGGCGACGAAGAUCCACACAAGCUGAACGAUCGCGAAAAGCUGCAGGAGAAGAUUCAGAAGGAAAUGCCGGACGACAUAUUGGAGAAGCCGGAUCUGGACGUCGGUCACACCAGUGGACCAGAGUUUGACAAUGUCCUCGAUUCGGGGGUGGCGGCAGCAGGUCCGAUGGCCGGAGGUCCUGCCGGGGUGGUAGCACCACCCCAAAUGCUCGACGAACCGGACCUAAAGGGCGGGCCUUCGUCGUCGAAGGGCUCGACGGCCGGCAGCGGAGGAUUCCACACGUUCAACUCGUCCGUUGGGGAAGAUCCGGACCCGGCGGUGCGCGAGAAGCGCAACAAAGUCAAAGAGGUAAGUGCAGUUAUGUCAACCAACAACAACUGUUGUAAUGUAAUUAGAUGCGAAUGUCUGUUAUUGAUGCGCGUGUGUACGUGUGUUUGUGAACAAGCGAAUAACUGCAAUCAAAGAAAUGACGUGGUUUAUCUUAUCAGCUGAGGCGACAACACGCUUUGCGUGUGAUAGGGCAUUUU